GUUCGACUAAUUGGUAGUGACCUCCGUAUGCACUUAUCGUCUGUAGACUUUCUGGCCACCAGUGUGCCAUUAUAAGCGCUAGCCCCCGAGUAUUUCGUGGUCGUUGUAUAUUGGCGUAUUUAGUGCCUCUUGCCCACGCCCAUAGAUAAUGGCCGAGAGACUAGACAGUUUGCCAAUACUCGUCCAAGACUUCCAAGACUCCAUUCAAUGGAUAACCUUCUUCUAGCCUCGGCGUCUGUGGGCCAGCAGAGCGGCGAUGGGCAAAGUCACGCCGGUUUAACACAUGGUGAUACUUCGUUCUUUGAUUUUGAUCUUAGCGUAUUUGAGUCACCGAACAUCGAGGACAUAUACGCCGAAGUUCACAGGUCAAUCGAUCAAAUCCAUUCAAUGGCCCUCAGCCAGACUGCGUUUGCUCCUGAUCGGAUCAAGGAGGAGAACAGCAAGGUAGUUGAGAAACUGUUCAGCCUGGAGCAUGAUGUCGUGCGGAGGUCGUCAACCACCCCUAACUCGUCAUCGGCAGGCCAAAGCCUUGCAGUUGUUCACCCCUUAUCCAUGAACACGCCAAAUAAUUCCUGGAUAGACACCAGCCCUCUGGAUGUUUCUCAGUAUCCUUCGUUCUUCAAUGGUUUCGACGGUGGCACGGCGGGAACACCCGCAGUCAAUAGCCAGCCAUCGCCACCUGCUAGUGAGCAUAGUCAUACAUCUCGGGGUUCUCCGACACUGAGGCCGCAGGCUCGGCCGAAACGACGGAAACUCUACCCACGAGGCAAGGACUCGAAAGAAAAGUCCGACGCGCAGCCUGAUGAUGCUACCUGCGUCUUGGCAGUCCUACUUCGUAACAGCCCCAAGCUGGCUCAGAAGUUCCUGGAGAUUGGGAAGCCGGAGAUUGUAGCUGAGGCCGAAGAGUUUGCCAUGCAGUUGCAGGAUCCAAAAUAUCGUGGAGCUUCUCAGUCCCUGCCUGAGCCGUACAGCUUCCCUGGCAUGUCUCACAUACGUGAUGGCUCAGGGUUUCUACGGAUGCUUCCCAAGCUAGCGCUUGCUAUCGAGUGCAAUAUAUUUGGAGAGCAGAACCACAAGAUCAAGAAGAGGAUAGCCAUGGCCCACUUUUACCACGCAUACACCCUAGCACAAGAAAACCCCCAGACAUUUCUCUCCUGGUGUGACGAACACCAGAUAUCAAAGUCUAUGUUACCCAAGGGCAACCACAAGUCAAUGGUGCAGCACCGUUUUGCGGACCUGAUGUUUCCCCCGGACCAGAAAAAGUACGAAGGGGCCGACUGGCGCAAAACCAGAAUUAGCAAGAUCCAAGUAUGGAGAAAGAGUGGGAAGCACUGGGCCAAACUAAUCAUGCGUUUUGGACAUGGCAUUCUCCUGCUUAUACCACCGUCUGUGACAGAUGAAGAUCUGAGGGUAGCUCAUGACGAUGAGAUGGCUGCCAUCCUAGAUCUCAUAGAGUCGCGCGAGCAUCUUUUCGCAGACGCACUCCGAAAGGCCAAUGAGGCUUUUCGCUCACAACCUUUGGUAGGCCAGGAACGCCAGCUGAUUCAAGGGCUAGGUGAGUCCGAGCGAGCUGGCUGGGAUCACUUGUUGAACUAAGUUCAUAAUGCACGGCGACAUGAUGUCUUAGAAUCUGCAGAAAGCCUUUUCUAUUUACACCC